AGCUUGCAACUCUCCUUUCGACUCUCCUCUUAGUCUCCAUCGGCCAUAGCUUGCAACUCUAACAGAGGUUACCCCUUCACACCUCCUGUAACUUGAGGGACAGCGAUUGAGCACUGAUCUGCAGUUCUGCACACCAGAUCGUCUCCAAUUUCAGUGCUUCAUGAAGUGCGCCUCUAUUUCUUUUUUAACUAUGACAUGGAAAGUGGAUGAAUGACCAAUUCAUCAAGAUCAAAAACAAGCAAAUCAGAUGAUGAGAUUGGAUGGAAAUAUAAUAAGUUGCAAGAUCCUAAUAACUCAUGUCGGGUGGUCUGUAAAUUUUGUAAUAAAGUUACCACUGGUGGUAUUACCAGAGCUAAAAGGCAUCAAAUAGGGAUCAAAGGGGAUGUGGCUCCAUGUCCUAAAUGCCCACCAGCAAUUAGGGAAGAGUUGUGGGCCAAUUUACAACAGAAAACCACAACUAAAAAGUUAGAAAAGGAGAUGUUUAUGUUUAGUUGUGGUACUGUUGAUCUUGAAGAGGAAGAUGAAGAGGAAGAACUUAUGCCAAGGGAAUCAACUUUAACUAUUGGUGGCAGAAGUAAAAAGGCCAAAAUUGGGCAACACAAAGGCCCCAUGGAUUUGUACAUGUACCAAAAAUCUGAGGAAACUCUCAAAAAGAGAAAGCUUGAAAAGUGUAGGCAAUAUUCUAUAAAGGAUUCUAACAAGGAGUUGAGGGCUGAAACAAUUCAAUACAUUGCUCAGUUCUUCUACCAAAAUGGCAUCUCUUUCAAUGUAGCUCGUUCAGAAAGUUUCAAGUUAAUGCUGUUUGAGUUGAUUGAUAGCAUUGUGGAGGAGAUUGGGGAAGAACAUGUAGUUCAACUUGUAACAGAUAAUGGGAGCAAUUAUGUUGCAGCUGCGCAUUGUAUUGACCUUAUACUAGAGGACAUUGGAAAGAUUUCAAAGGUUAAGAAGACAAUACAAAGAGCAAUGAGUCUUGUUGGGUUCAUCUACAACCAUUCAAGCACCUUAAACUUAAUGAGGCGAUUCACUAACAAAACGGAGUUGGUUCGAUAUGGAGUGACAAGGUUUGCUACGAAUUUUCUUUCAUUGCAAAGUGUGUACAAGCAAAAGGCCAACCUUCAAAAGAUGUUUACAUCUGAUGAAUGGACAAGUAGUAAGUUGGCCAGAGAUGCCAAAGGAGUAAAGGCAGCAAGUACAGUAAUGGCUGCUUCAUUUUGGAAUAAUGUGCUAUACACCCUAAGGGUUAUGGGUCCUCUUGUGACUGUUUUGCGGCUUGUUGAUAGUGAAAGUAAGCCGGCAAUGCCUUAUAUUUAUGAGGCAAUGAUCAAAGCUAAGGAUGCCAUUAAGAGAUUGCAAAAUGAUGAUGAAAGCAAGUACAAGGAAAUCUUUGAAAUUAUUGACAAUAGAUGGAAAUGCCAACUUUAUAGACCCUUGCAUGCAGCGGCUCAUUAUUUAAAUCUUGCAGUCUUUUAUAGCACUCCAAAUAUGGAUUUGGAUUUGAGACUAACUAGUGGAUUGAUGGAUUGCAUUAAGAAGAUGGAGCCUGAUGUUAAUUUGCUGAUAUUUCUCUCCUCAGCCACGUGUUUUGCUCAUCCUCAUCUUCUUCUUCUCCCCGAUGCUCUGCCCCCCGACCCUCUGCACCCGAGAAGCGCCCCCAACUACCGUUACCCAUUUUCGGCCGGAAAUCCGGCAAAGCUUGGGGGUUUUCUCCUUCUUUUCUUGUUCUUGAACCUAGAAAUAUCCCCCUCACUUCUGCAGAUUUUCGGAUCUGCUCUGCUCUGCUCUGUCCUUCUGCGAGCAGCUUUUGCCGGUGGAGUGCUUCCCGGUUUUCUGGUUUGCCGUGAGUUCCUCCAUUCCUCUCCCCGUCGGCUUCUUUCCCAGCCGGACCCGGUGCUGCUCGCCGGAGUUUCCUGAUAUGAUGGACAGCCUUUUUUUAUGUCUAAUUAUCAAUUAAGUAUUGUCCAUUUAGUUGCUUGUGUUGUCCGAGAUUGUGCUAGAAUUAUGGGAUGAUUUUGGGUAGCAUAAAACACGUUUUAAGCUUGGUUGAGGUAGAAAUUUCUUGAUUUAGUUGCUGUGUUGUUUAUAGGGAGAAAAUCCCGUGAAUUAGCUAGUGUUUGGCCAAUUUUGGAAGUGCAGUCACUGUUCACGCACUGUUCACGCACUGUUCACGCACUGUUCACAUAGCACUGUUCACACACCGAGGGUCAACGAUUAACGGGGAUUUAAAUGAUUAGUUUGUGAUAUAAGAAUGAAUGUGGAGAUGUCCAGUUAUGUGGAGAUUGAUAGAAAUAGCAUUGGGAUUAGGAGUGAUUUUAAUGAUGAUUUCAGUUUAAAUUUGUGAUAGUCCGGUAUUAAUUCUGAGGUGUUUUGAUUAGGUUCCUGAUCGUUCUGUCAGUUAGCAUUGAGAUUGAGUGCUCGGUUUUGUGCGAGUGAGGUAAGUAAAUGAUGGUGAAGCCCUUUGAUUUUAAAGCAUGUUUUAAAUUGUUUUUGAGAUAGUGGCAAGCUUUAAAUUGAUUUUAUCGGCAUUUGAGUGUGAUUAAACUGGAAUGCAAAUUGUGAUGGGUUUUAUGGGAAAUUUCCUUGUUUUUCUGGAAUUGAGCAUGAUUGGAAUGAAAAUGAGGAUUUUAUUGAUUUUCUGGAAUUGAGCAUGAUUGAAAUGAAAUGAGAGUUUCAUUGUUUUUCGGGAGUUGAGCAUGCCUAUUUAGAAAUUGACCGAACUGUUUUGAUGAACUGAGAGUUUGCAAAUUCUGAGUUUUUUGUUAAAUCCAUGGUCACAUGGAAAUUUUCCGGUUUGUUCUGAAAUUCGGGAUUGAUUGUGAAAUUUGGGUUUUUCUGUAAAUCCUGCAUGGUUUUGUCUCGGAUAUAGUCAUGAUUACUGACGCCCGCUAGUGGGAGCUGU